AUGUCUCAGGAGGGGUCCCCAGAGGGUUCCAGCUCAGAGGAUCCUGCCCUCAGCCCCCACUGCAUGGCUGCACUUUUCCAGGACGAUGUGGAAGCCAGCUCCGGGUCAGGCUUGACACCACACUGGCCAGGGGCAAGCUCUGGGGUCCGAGUUUGGCCUGGCAGCAGGAAGAGGGUCCUGAGGGAAGAGACCCAUCGAGGUACCCGCUCCCAGGCUGGAGGUGCUCCUGGGGCGGGCCUGGAGGCUGAGGCCCACUCGAUGGCCCUGGAGCUACAAGGCAAGGGACUGAGUCAGGAGUUGGUGCCUGGCCCCCAGCUCCUCUCCCAGCCACCCAGAAUGUCUGCUCAGGGGAAGGCUCCGGCCUUCAGGAGGCUCCAGGUUUCUCUGCAUGACAUCUUCGCUGAAAGUUGGCCCAGGAACCCUUGUCCCGUGUGUUUGGGUUUUCCAGAGAGAGCUUUGGUUGGCAGGGAGAGGCUGGGAGGGGUGGGGAGGAGGAGGAGCUGCCCCGGGCCAGGAGAGGCGGGAGGAGGUUGGAGUGAUGAAAGGGGCCCUACCCUCAGUAAAGAGCGGCCUCCCAAAAGGAGGCUACCAUCCUCCCCAGGCCCAGCCCCUAUGGGGGCAAGAAAGAACUGCAGGAAGUAUGAGACCUGCUCAGAGGGUGGGGAGGGGGCAGGAGGCUUCUUGUGGUCUGGUCAGAGCCCUGGUGGGGACAAUCCCCCGUGUGAGGGAGACCCCCCACCAGGGGCUGACAUGGGGUCCUUGGGAGACCUUUGUGGUCCUCUCUCUCCCAACGACACUGGGCCUGGGUCAGGAGAUCCAGGUGGAACUUGUGUGGGAUGUGUCUCAGGGACUGCGAAGUUUGAAUAUUUGCCUGCUGCAGAGAACGGGGUCCAGCCAGGCAGCCCCUCUGACCCUGUAGGGGUCCUACCACCUGAUGGAGGGGAAUCCCUCAGGCCAGCUGUCUGGGAUCCUAGCUCUGCACUAGGCCUUGGAGCAUCUGGAAAGGCCUCCACAGUGUGGCGAGAAGCUGAGCACCUAGUCGGGGCUGGCUGUGAUGAUGGCCCUGCUGUCUCACACAUUCAGGAGGAGCUAGAGGUCAAGGCUCAGCCAGAGUCCAGGGGGAGGCUGGGAGAAGGACCCCCUGCUCCCACUGACAGCCCCUCCAGCUCCUUGGAGCCUACAACCAGCAGGGCUCACUCGGGCCCAUCCAUGGGACAGAGAAGUUCCAAGUAUGCUAAGAAGUCGAGGAGAGGCCCAGUGUCCAGCGCCCAGCAGCAGGGCGCAGACAGGAGUGCGGAUGACUUCAGCGAGGACCAGCCAGACAAAUCCCACCCAGAAAGCUUCCCCAGACCGGAGGAAAUGGAAAUGCCCCAUGGGGUGAAGCACGUGUGUUACCUUGGUUGUGGGGCAGUGCUCCACCUCCUGGGGGCCCUCCGCUGUGGCCAGGCAGGGGAGCCGCAGCCCCCAAAGCUGGAGGUGCUGGAGGACAUGAUGGAGGUCAGCUUAGCAUCGCCUGUCCAGAGACCCAGAAGGAAGGAAAGGCCCAUGGUCCAAGGCCCUGCCAGGUGCCAGUGCGGCCCAGUGGAGGCUGAAGAGGAGGAACCUGGUGAACAGGAUGGGGGAGAGGACUCAGCUCAGCUUCAGCCCCAACAGGAGAAGCUGUCCCUGGAUGUCGGGGUCCGGGCUACGGUGGUCCAUGCCUUACAGGAGGUGCUGCGGAAUCGCCUCCAGGAGCUCCCAGAUCUGGUGCUGAGUGAGGAGGCGGUGGAGGGCAUGGCUGCUGGCAUUGAGACAGCCCUCUUCGAUCUGACACAAGCCACCAGCUGUCGCUACAAGACCAAGUACCGCAGCCUGCUGUUCAACCUGCGUGAUCCCCGGAAUCCGGACCUGUUUCUCAAAGUAGUUCGGGGAGAUGUCACCCCCCACAACCUGGUGCGGAUGAGCUCCACCCAGCUGGCCCCCCAAGAGCUGGCCCGCUGGCGGGACCAGGAAGAGAAGAGGGGCCUGGAGAUCAUUGAGCAGCAACAGAAGGAGUCGUGCAGCCUCCCAGCCUUCAAACUGACCCACAAGGGUGAAGUAGAGAUCCCGCGCGACAUGGACCAGACGCUGACCCUGGAGGACCUGGUGGUACCCAUGGUGUCCAUAGAUGACAGUCCACCGGCCCUGGCAGCCACGUCGAAAGCCACCACAGAGCAGGACGAGGACACCACAGGGCAGCACGAGCACCACUUCCUGGACCCCAGCUGCCGCAUCUGCCUGGACUGGAAGCCCUCGUGUGAGCUGCCAAGCUCUUUCAAAGCUACUAAAAGGAUAGGGGACAGUAUCUUCAAGAGAGCUCCAAGCCCAGCCCUCCCAUCCUCUCCAGAGACGCCCCAAGCUAGGGAGAAGCCUCCCACACAGCUCCAGGACAGGGUCCCUCUCUCUAGGCUCCAGAUGCCUGCCGGGCCCACAAAGGCUCUGCCCAGCCAGCCGCCCUGGGAGGGAGCUUUGGACAUGUUCUCCAUCAAGCGGUUCAGGGCCAAGGCCCAGCUGGUGUCUGGAAACAGCUGUCGGCUCCUCACGACCCUGCCUGAGGUGAUCCGUUCGGCAGGCUGCAUCCCCUCUGGUACUGUCUGGGAACUUUUGGCCAGCGUCUGCCCGGCAGAGGCCAAGGACAUCUGCGUGGUCAGACUGUGCCCGCACGGGGCUCGGGACACCCAGAACUGCCGUCAGCUCUAUUCCUACCUCAACAACAAACAGCGCCACGGCCUGGCAGCUGUGGAGCACGUGGGCAUGGUCCUGCUGCCCCUGCCCGCCUUCCAGCCCCUGCCCCCCAGACUGCGCCCUCUUGGAGGCCCCGGCCUGGAAGCUGCUCACUCAAGCCUGGUCCUGGCUGUGCUGCUCCCCAAGGCAGGACUUCCACACACAGCGGAGUCCAGCCCUUUGUGGGGGAAGGUUCGAAAGAUGGUCUCCUUCAACAGAAAAGUGGAGAGGAGGAGCUAUCAGCCAGAGGACAGGAGUCCCAGCGUGGCCUUGAAGGGCUCCCCUUCCCCAAAGGGUGCUCCGCUGCCGAACCAGGACGCGGGCAGCCUGGAUCCAAAGGGAAUUUGUGCUUGGCACAGGCCUUCCAGAGGCAGGGAGAGACUGUGGGGAGAGCCAGAGGCCUGGCAGGGUCCUCGGCGAGGGCAGUGGUCCCCCAAACCAGGCUGGUGCCAGUCAUGGCAUCUCCAUUCAGCAGCACCAUCUGGCCCCGGCCAGCACCUCCACAGGGCCUCCUGUCCCCACCAGGCCCUGCUCCAGCAUCUGGAAUCCCUGGUGUCCAUGAGCCACCAGCUCCAAGCCUCGCUGAGCUCCCCAGGCCAGGGGCUCUUUCCCCCAAACCCUGCCCAGCCCCCUGAAGCCCCUGGAAUUCUUGGCCUAUUUUGCCAGCCCCCUGCAUCUCCAGAGCCCCCUGGACAGGCUCCUGACUCUUUGGGUCCUACAGAUGGAGCUGGUUCUGAGUGUAUCCUCCCUAGAGAGACCUGA